AUGCCUCCAAGCAAGGCGGGAGCCAAGCAGUCUUCGCUGCUGGGAUUCUUCUCCAAGGUUCCAGCUUCACAAGCCACUCCAAAAGCCACACCGACCCAACAGCAGAAAGCUGUCCCUCAGCCAUCACCAGCAACACAGGAGCAGAGCGCAUCUGGCUCGAACAGCAAGACUAAAGACGUUUCGCCUUCGCUCAAGUCAAGCAAAGCCCAGCCGCUCGAUACGCCUCCACCUAGCAAAGACAGGUCUAACUCUCGCGCCUCAAAACCGACUAGCAACGCUGCUGCCGACAAGGGUGACUACCGACCGCCAUCAUCUUCCCCCACUUAUCAUCGCUCCAGCUCCCUUUCCACUAACAGCCCCCAAGCAACUACACAGGCGCCUGCCAAGGAGACCAAGUCAUCUGACUCUGAAAAUCUGACCCCACCCCCAAGCAGCGACGUUGACAACAUGGACCUGGAUGAUGAAGAGGAGCAGGAACAGCCACUCUUUCGACGUAGGGCUGCAACAAAGCGACCCGUCACAUACGCCGAGUCCGACUCGGAUGGCGCCGCAGCAGUCGACAGCAACAGUGAAGAUGAAGCUCCGAGCUUUUCAAAAGGUCGCAAACGCAAUGCUGCCAAACGAGCACGCAAGACACGCGAUCAAGACGACUUCAUCGUUCCUGAUGAUCACCACGAGGACGACGAAGAGCUUCCUGUGGACGCCGCCAAUGUUUCCGACGAAGAUGAUGAGCCUGCGCCCGAUCAAGACAGCGAUGCUCAAGACUUCGGCAAGUCAUCCAAAUGCAGCAAGACCACGACCAAGAAGAGCAAGGUCAGCGAAUCUUCAUCUCCGGUCGCCUCUUCAUCACGGCCAGCAGGCUCGAACUUAGCCUUGUCCUCCUUCAAGAUGGGCACUGCCCCCCCGCGAUCAUUGUCGUCUCGCUCACUGAUUGGUGCAAGCAGUGACGUGGCUCGCAAUGGACCCUCGUUAGCAUCCCUGUCCCACCUCACUAAAGCUGAGCGACGAGUUAUCGAAGAGAAGCGCAAGAAAGCCGCCAACGAGGAGGCUUACAGCUUCCUGGUCGAUCUGCGCGACAAGGACGGCAACCGUCCAGGCGAUGGCGAAUACGACUCUCGCACCGUUUACAUUCCCAAGUCGGCUUGGAAGGACUUUACGCCCUUCGAGGAGCAGUUCUGGCGCAUCAAACAGAACCAUUGGGAUACUGUGCUGUUCUUCCAGAAGGGCAAGUUCUACGAGCUCUACGAAGAAGAUGCGCUCAUCGGCCACCGCGAGUUCGAUCUCAAGCUCACCGACAGAGUCAAGAUGAAGAUGGUCGGCGUUCCCGAAGCUUCCUUCGACAUCUUUGCAGCCAAGUUCCUCGCCCUUGGCUACAAAGUCGGACGUGUCGAUCAGACCGAAACCGCUGUGGCCAAAGGCAUGCGUGUAGGAGAGCGCUCGCGCGGCGGUGGCUCCGAGAUUGUCAACCGCGAGUUGAGACACGUGCUCACAAGCGGUACCAUUGUCGAUGCAGCCUCGCUACCCGACGACCUCAACAGCUACUGUGUCUCGAUCAAAGAGUCAAGCGAGGCUGGACGCAACGGCCCCAUCUUUGGCGUGUGCACGCUCGACGCUGCCACCGCCGAGUUCAACUUGACCGAAUUUGAAGACGACGAGUCGCGAACUCGGCUCGAGACUUUGCUCCGCUCUCUACGACUCAAGGAAGUGCUUCAUGAAAAGGCAGGUCUCUCUGCACCUACCCUGCGAGUCCUCCAAAGCACGGUGCCUACAACAGCUCAGAUCACCAUGCUCAAGCCUGGUGUCGAAUUCUUUGAGCCGGACACUACCUUGCGCAAGCUCAACGCCCUGUUCAACCCCGAGGUAGACGCCGAUGCCCGAGUCGAGUCGCUCGAUCCUGUCGACCCAUCGCUGCUUCCGGAAGGCAUCGCUUCCAUGGUCGACAAGCCAUGUGGAAUGUCAGCCUUGGGUGGCAUGCUCUGUUACUUGGCUCAGCUCAACCUCGAUCGCGACUUGUGCUCGAGCCGCAACUUCAACAUCUUUGAUCCACUGCGUCAAGACAAGUGUCUCGUGCUCAAUGCCCAGUCACUCACGCAUCUCAAUGUCCUGCAGAACGACGAAGGGACCGACGAAGGCACUCUGCACCGCCUACUCAACCGCUGCGUGACACCCUUCGGAAAACGUCUUUUCAAGAUUUGGCUCGUGGCCCCCCUCGCUGCAGCCGAUGCGAUUCGUGCUCGUCAAGACGCUGUCGAGGAUCUGCUCAAGAAUCAAGGCUUCGGCGACGAAUUCGAGACUUUUGGCAAAGCAUUACCCGACAUCGAACGCAUCGUGCCUCGCGUCCGUGCUGGCAAGUGCAGACCACGAGACUUCACUGCUGUGCUGAAAGCGAUUGCUUGCUUCGAAAAGGCUGUCCGUCAGCUCAGAGCUCAAUGCAAGGACUUCGAGACUCAGGUCAUCGACGACCUUCUGCAAUCUAUUCCAUCUGUCUCUUCGAUGGCCCGGGACUUGCAGUCCAGCUUCAAAGUCGCCGAGGAUGGCUCUUUCACUCCCAUCGAAGGCGCUUUCGAGCCGUAUGACCGUGCGGAAGUCGCCAUAGCCGAGGUCGAAGCACAGCUCGAGAGCGAGAUCGAGUCGUACCGCCAGCAGCUCAAGCUCACCGCCGCCAAGUGCGCCUGGAAGCAUCUCGGCACAAAGGACAUUUUUCAGAUUGAGGUACCCAUUUCCACAAAGGUGCCUAGCAACUGGACCAAGCUGAGCGGCACCAAGGACCGCAACCGCUGGUACUCGCCCAAGGUGCGGGACCUGGUGCAGGACAUCAAGGAGGCUCGUGAGACGCGACUUGCUGCGCUCAAGCAAUUCCACCAGAGCCUCUUUGCCAGCUUCUCAGAGAAGAGCGAUGUCUUCCUGCAGGCCGUCAAGACAGUCGCCGAGAUCGACUGCCUGCUUUCGCUCGCCAAAGCCUCAUAUGCUAUUGGCGAACCUUCAUGCAGACCUGAGCUGGUCGACAACGAGACCGCUCUGCUCGAGUUUGAAGAGCUUCGACACCCCUGCAUCGCUGGUGACAACGUUGAAUUUAUUCCCAACGACAUCCGACUGGGUGGCAAGAAUGAUGAGGUGAUCAUAUUGACUGGUGGUAACAUGGCUGGUAAGAGCACGACAGCUCGAACUAGCGCCACUGCUGUGAUCCUUGCCCAGCUUGGUUGCCGUGUGCCUGCCGCGAGUGCCCGUAUCUCGCCUGUCGACCGAAUCGCGUCGCGCAUGGGAGCCAAUGACCAGAUCUUCCGCAACAACAGUACCUUCAUGGUCGAGAUGCUCGAGGCUUCCCGUAUCAUCAACGAAUGCACACCGCGCUCGCUGGUCAUCAUGGACGAGUUGGGCAGAGGCACCAGCACUUUCGAUGGACAAGCUAUUGCAUUUGCAGUGCUGCAUCAUCUGGUCAGCCGAACGCGAUGCUUGACCUUCUUCCUCACACACUACACCAACCUGGCCUACGAUUUCGACUCGUACUCGCGAGUCAGCAACAAGCACAUGCAGGUGCUUGUGGACGACGCCAAGCGCGAGGUCAUCUUCACAUACCGCCUUGUGGAUGGCAUUGCAGAGUCGUCAUAUGGCACACAGGUGGCAGCGCUUGCUGGCGUGCCGCACGAGAUUUGCGAUCGCGCCGCCGUUGUCUCCAAGCAGUUCGCCGAAGCGACGAAAGUCAGCCAGGCCGAAAAGAACAGGAGCGCCAUCCCCCUUGCUUUGCUCAGUGACUUUGUCCACCUCUUCAAGCUUGCUGGAGAAAAGUUGCCUGCGUCAAGCGACCGCAAUACGGAGGCCAAGGCACUAACCACGCUUUCGCAGCUCGACAUCAUUCGUUCACAGGUAGCAGCUUCAGCCAAGGGAAGUUCACGCGCCAAGUCACUCGUUAGCCCUCCCCCCUCAACUCCAACUUGUACGUAG